AUGAAUGCUUUCUUGGUUAAAGUAAAUAAGAAAAUAUUAGUGAUAAAAUUAGAAAGAGUAGAUUUAACUCACUGUGAGGAGGACCUCUUUAUGACUAGCGCUGAACUUGUAACUCUCCCAGAACAAGUAGCCAAAAAAUUGAUUUUAGCCUAUAAGUCAGUUAUUUCUGGUAACAAAUUAUCUGCUGAAACAUUAUCAGUAAAAUCAUCUAUGGCAGACAAAUAG